AUGAAGAAGUACAAGACCACUAAUGAAGCUUGGCAAUUGAUCAGUGAUUUUGCUGAAUCUACUCGGAACCACAGACAGAAGCAAGGCCGUUCAAGGGCCGUUGCAGAAGUAUCUUCUGGCAUAGAGACUGCUGCUCUAAAUCGAAGUAUUUGUGAAAUGACCAACCUGCUGAAGCAAAUGCAGUUAAAUCAACAAGCUCAGCAAACUCAACUGCAGCAAAACCAACAACUAUUUCCACAAAGAAUUUGCGGAAUUUGUGCUGAUUACAGCCAUUACACUGAUGAAUGCCGGCAGCUCCAACAAGAAGACAACAUGGAGAGGAAUCAGGAGGAACCAAGCUCACCAGAAUACGCCUCAGCUGAAGAGGUGGUAGAAAUCGAAGAUGUUGAAGAGGAAGAUGAUAUACAGGACAUAGCCGAAGAAGAGAUAGCUCAACCACAAGAAGAGGCACAAAAAGGUGCAGGCACCACAGAAAACACUACUCCCAUUCCAUUUCCACAACUUGCAAGGAAGCCUAGGAAGCAGCUGGAACCUGAUCCUAAAAUGGUAGAGAUAUUCAGAAAGGUUGAGUGUGAUGUCAUAGACGAAAGUGUGGCUGAAGUUCAAAAGGAAGAGUUUGAAGAGAGGCACACUGGACAAGGUACAAGUGUGGGGACCCUCUUAACUGACAAUGAUAACCCAGAGCCUAAGGAAGUGACCAGACUAUUGGAGGCCGGUAUCAUAUAUCCCAUUUCAGACAGUGAAUGGGUAAGCCCAGUGCAAGUGGUGCCCAAGAAGUCUGGAGUCACUACAGUGAAAAAUGAGCAUGGAGAGCUCAUAGCAACUAGAGUUCAAAAUGCUUGGAGAGUCUGCAUUGAUUACAGACGUCUCAACCAAGCUACUCGUAAGGAUCACUAUCCACUUCCAUUCAUUGAUCAAAUGCUGGAUCACCUGUCAGGUAAAUCACAUUAUUGCUUUUUAGAUGGUUACACAGGUUAUUUCCAGAUUCAUAUAGCUCCUGAGGAUCAGAAAAAGACUACUUUUACAUGUCCUUUUGGAACCUAUGCUUAUAAAAGAAUGCCCUUUGGCUUGUGCAAUGCACCAGCUACUUUCCAAAGGUGCAUGAUGAGUCUUUUCUCUGAUCUUAUUGAGGACUGUAUGGAAGUUUUUAUGGACGAUUUUAGCGUUUAUGGUGAUUCUUUUAACCUUUGCUUAGAUGGAUUAUCUAGAGUAUUAGAUAGAUGUAUUAAUACAAACCUUGUAUUGAAUUUUGAAAAAUGCCACUUUAUGGUAAAACAAGGGAUUGUAUUGGGACAUGUGGUAUCUAAUAAUGGCAUUUCUGUAGACCCAGCAAAGGUGAAUGUUAUUUCUAGUUUACCU